UAGGGCCUUCCUCCGCCGCGCUAGUUCCUCAACCCUAAACCCCUAGAACACCGAGCACCGCCUCCGGGGCGCCGGACACCUCGGAGGCUUCGCUCAGCCCGUCCCGAAAGCUUCGCCCAGCUGCUCACCCCCGCGUCGCCUCUCUCCCCGGUUCGCUCCGCCGCACUGCUCCCAGGCGCGCCGGGCCCUUCAUCUCCGCCCCAUUCGCUCUCCGAAAUUUAAUGGUAAUAUUCCUCUUCGUGCCUGGCGAACUGGGCGCUGCGCGCGGCGGGUUACGGAGGGUGCCUGCUGGCCCGCCGCCCCAAUGAUCGCCUCCUCCUCCGCGCAGUCAUGGCUUAAGGUCGGCGGUGAGAAUCAUCUAGCUAGGGCGAUCUCUUUAGAGUUUAGUAGGGGGCGCUCUACAAUGUUGGGUUCCAGAAUGAGGUUUAGAAAUGCUCUUGGUUCUAGGCUCUUCCGGUGGUGCUCACGUGAUAAACACACGUCCGUGCAGAAGCUGUUGCAGGUGGAUGGGGUGGCGGAGAGAUCAAAGCUCCUCAACAAAGUACCUGUUUUGAUGGGCUAUAGUAACACACAGUAUCUAAUGGAGCAAGAAAGAGUCCGCAGAGAAUCUGCUACAGAGUUGAUCAGUGUCUUGAAAGAAAUUGAUUUCGCGGAAAUUUCGGCAAAGUUUCCUUGCAUAAAAAUCGGUGACUCAUCACCAAUUGAACUAUAUGAUGAUUCUGCUGGUAUGAUGUGCAAAGAAACCAUGCUUUCUGGAAACCUCACGAAUUUCAUCCUAGAAUCUGGUGGAAAUUUGGAGACGGAUCGUGAAUUUGCUGACAAGUGCCACCCAUUAGAUCCAUCCAUAGCAAAUUUAAACAAUCCUCCAAUUAGUGAAGAGAGUUCUCUCAUCACUCAGAAUAUUUCUCAUGAACCGGCAGUUGAUGCUGAGGUUUGCGCUGAGUCAUUACCUGAUGCUGCAACUGCUGAUGGUAAUGCCCUGGACAAAAGUGAAAGUUGUUUGCCUGGAGAACCAGCGGUUGGUAUGGAAGCUUCUCUCGAGUCAUUAGCUGAUGCUACAAGUCCUGAUGGUAAUAUCUUGGACAAAGAUAUAAGGUCCUUGCCUGGAACAACUAGUAGGCAAUAUCGCAAGCUAGAGGAUGGCGGUUUCCAUACGAUCCGCAAAUUGUUGCAGCAUUUCCCCCGGACCUAUGCAGAUCUACAAAAUCCUCAAGGUCUAAUAGAAGAUGGGCAGUACAUCAUGUUCUUUGGAACUGUUAUAUCUUCCAAGGGAGUCAAGAUUAGAAGUACUUUAGGUCUUGUUGAGGUUGUCGUUGGUUGUUCAAUAGUUGAGACCGGGUUAAGCUCUUCAGCUAUGAGUUGUAACUCUGGUGCAGAGCAAAAAAAGACUAUUCAUUUGCACCUCAAGAAGUUCUUCAGCGGCACACGUUUCUCUUCUCCAUAUUUUCUUAACUGCAUAUCAUCAAAGCACAAAGAGGGGGAUCUUGUUUAUGUCAGUGGUAAGGUGAAGAAGGUACUGUCUAAUGGGCAUUAUGAUUUGAAGGAGUACACUAUUGACAUGCUUGAAGAAGAGCAACAAAGUACCCUGCCUGACAGGAAACCAUAUCCUAUAUAUCCAUCAAAAGCGGGUCUGGAAGCACGUUUGCUGGGCCAGUCCAUCUCUAGGACCUUGAAGAUGCUGACUCCAGACAUUGAUCCUAUUCCUCCUGAGGUUCUCGCUGAGUUCAACUUGGCAAAUCUUUUUGAUGCUUACAUGGGGAUUCAUGAACCUAAGAAUCGAGAUGAAGCUGAUUUUGCUCGACGAAGGCUUAUUUUCGACGAUUUCUUUUAUCUCCAGUUGGGAAGACUAUUUCAAAUGCUUGAAGCAGUUGGUACACGGGUUGAGAAGGAAGAAUUGCUAUUUAAGUGUGAAAAUCAUGAGUUGAAUGCUGUUGGUGUCGAUCUGUGGUCUCCUCUUGCAAAGAAAUUGUUGAAGGCUCUUCCUUAUUCACUUACUGCUAGUCAGUUAGAUGCUGUUAAAGAGAUUAUAUGGGAUCUCAGAAGACCAGUUCCUAUGAACAGGCUCUUGCAAGGGGAUGUUGGUUGUGGUAAAACUAUAGUGGCUUUCCUAGCAUGUAUGGAGGUUGUUAACUCAGGAUUUCAGGCUGCAUUCAUGGUUCCAACUGAGAUACUUGCUGUUCAGCAUUAUGAACACCUAACUUCAUUGCUGGAGAAGUUGGAUGGAGAUGAAUGCAAACCAAAUAUUGCCUUGCUAACUGGUUCCACUUCCACCAGGGAGUCGAGGAUAAUUCGAAAUGGUCUCAAGACUGGAGAAAUAUCGAUGGUCAUUGGAACACACACCUUAAUAGCUGAUAAAACUAACUUUUCAGCCUUACGUAUCUCUGUUAUAGAUGAGCAGCAACGCUUUGGUGUUGUUCAGCGAGGAAGAUUUAAUAACAAGCUGUAUACUCCGUCUUCAAAGCUGAGUGAUGAAAAUGGAAACGCAGAUGUGGCUUCUGAUUCUGAAACAUUUAUGGCUCCCCAUGUUCUUGCUAUGUCAGCUACCCCAAUUCCAAGAACACUGGCCCUUGCUUUGUAUGGGGAUAUGUCUCUUACUCAGAUUACAGACUUGCCUCCAGGAAGGCAACCCAUAGAAACUCUUGCCCUUGAAGGAAAUGAUGCUGGGUUUGAAACUGUCUUCCAGAUGAUGAGGGAUGAGCUAAUGGAUGGUGGCAAAGUCUACCUUGUUUAUCCUAUCAUAGAUGAAUCAGAGCACCUACCACAACUCCAUGCUGCUAAAGCUGAUUUUGAUUCUAUAAAGGAAAAGUUUGAAGGUUACCCAUGUGGGCUGUUGCAUGGGCGCAUGAAGGGCGUCGAGAAGGAUGAAGCUCUGGGCAAUUUUAGAUCCGGGGAAACUCGUAUUCUCCUCUCAACCCAAGUUAUUGAGAUCGGAGUCGAUGUUCCUGAUGCUUCUAUGAUGAUUGUCAUGAACGCUGAGAGAUUCGGUAUGUCUCAACUGCACCAGUUAAGAGGGCGGGUUGGCCGUGGGGGAAAGAAAUCCAAGUGUAUACUCCUGUCCUCCACUUCUAGCACAUUGCCACGGUUGAAGGUUCUUGAGAAGUCAUCCGAUGGAUUUCACCUAGCUAACGCUGACCUGGUGAUGCGUGGCCCUGGCAAUCUGCUUGGCAAGAAACAGUCAGGACAUCUUCCAGAAUUUCCAAUAGCUAGACUGGAGGUUGAUGGAGCUAUUCUACAAGAGGCGCAUCUCGCCGCAGUAAGGGUUUUGGGAACAAGCAACGACCUAGCAUUAUAUCCACGGCUGAAAGUGGAGCUCAGCAUGAGGCAGCCCUUGUGCCUUCUUGGGGAUUAAACACUCCUAUUUGACAGAACAGAUAAUGCAAUGCGACCCUGCAAAGCUGUCAUGUGUAGUGUAUAAGGCAUGCUUAACUGUGCUUGUAUUGAAACUAUCUGAAGUGGCAAAGCUGGUAUGAACCACGCAGUUCAUCCUGGCUGGUGGAUGGAAACAACGCUUCUAACCGUUGUCAAAUGAUGUGUAAGAUUGUGUAAUCAAGACAUGGUUAAUGACGAGAUCAGUACUUUUAGUUCA